AAAAAUAAACAUAUCUCAAAGGAUAAGAUAACACAUUCGCAUGCCAUUGAGUUGCAAGAAACAAGCAUAGCACAUUCACGUUCUACAACUAAAAUUGAUGAUGAAAAUGAUGAAAAUGAUCCAACGGAAAUUAAACCCAACAGCCGUAAAUUGACUAUUUUGGAUAAUUUUGGAAAUUUUUUAAAUCAAAAAAAAAACUCAGAUGGUGAUGAAAUAUCGUCAACGCCUCAGGCUGAUGAUACUCAGUCACGUAGAAUUUCACAUCAAUCACUUAAAAACAAUAAAAGGAGUGAACAACGAAGCAGAAAUGUUAAUGUUGAUGCAUUAAGAAAGCCAAGGUCUAUACAAAGUUUAGAUUCAGUCUCUAAAUCUAAGGAAAGACGUCAUUAUAGCCAACAUAAAUAUAGACCUGUACAAAUACCAAAGUCUCCUUAUUCAACGAUACGUCCUCAAAGACAUACACUCUCUCCCGCAUUUAUUCUCAAGGAAAAGAAAAAUAUAUUAAAGUCCGUGUCGAUAAAUAAUUAUAAUCAUAAUUUACCAGAUUAUAAUGCAACAAAGGAGAAUAUUUCAAUGUUGGUUCCACAUAGUAUCUCUGCGAUUGAAUAUGGAAAGGUUAAUCAUUCUCUUCCAGAUUUAGCUAUACGUGAUCGUCAUCAUCAAUUUAACGAAACAUUUUAUAAGAAUAAUAUGACCGUGCCGGAUUUUACACGAGUUAGUUCUAUCACAGAAAAUGGCAAGGAAAAUGUACAAGAGACUAGCACUAUGGAUAUUUCAGUUGAAAAUAUAAUCGAACCAGUUGAUCCCACUGCACCUUCAUCUUCCACAAGAAUUACUAGAUUAACCAUCAAUCCAUUUGAUGAAUUUGAAAAGAAUGAACACUUCUUACCCACAACUCCUUGGAUAAAAUUACCACAUCUCGAUGAGUAUAUUGAAUCAUUGCCAAAGACUGAAUUCUCAAAUCCAAAAGAAAUCAUGACUUCCGAAGAAUAUGGUAAAUUCUUAGCGCAAGGAAAUAACCAAAAAUUUGCUGAAUAUUUAUUCCCUAUCAUUAGCCAGUCCACAAAUGAUCAGAGCGAUACGGAAUCUAUAAGCCAAGGGAAAGGAAAUGAUGAUAACAACAAUGGACCUACCGAAAGAGGAAUUGUCAGAUCUUCGCCUUCUCCUUCUUCAGAAAAAUGCCAAGAAGCAGUUUCAAUAGUAUACGAACAAAGAUUUUCGAAAUUGGAGAUAAUGAGAGAUUUCAUACAAUUCAUGUCAUUAGCCUUAUCAUUUGUUACGCAAGGAAUGUUUAGUCGCAAUUGGAUUUAUAUAAUGUUAUCCUCAGUUCCUGAUUUUUUAAGUCUCAAAAUGGAAAAAGUAUUUGGAUUUGGAGCUAUUUUCUUUUUGUUAUUUUUCGUCAUUGGAUUUUGUAACUUAUAUUUGUUCAGAAAGAUUGCUAAAUGGAAGAAAGCUACUGAUGUUGAGGAUAUUGGAUCAUCUCGUACAUCGUCAUGUUUACUUAAAAAUCACAUAACCAUGUUUGUUCUUACCACAAUAUACGUCCCAAUAACGAAAUUAUCAUUGGAUGCAGUGGUCUGGGCUGCACCAUUCUGGCCAGUGGCAAAUCCUUACCUGCCAAAUGUAGAUAAUCCGGAUUUUGAUUUAAUGUUUGAAGGAAAUGAGGCGUUACGUUAUCCAAAAGAUUUUUGUUAUGUUACAAGUAUGAGCAAGGAUGGAUUGAACUUUUCGCCUUUUAUCAUUGCCUUGGCAUUAUUAAAUUUGGGUGCGAUCAGUUUUUGGUUCCCAAUUACGUUAAAGAAAAUCGUGGAUAGACAGAUGGGAAGAUUUGGUUUUACAUCAAGCAAAGGAACGAAAGGAAAAGAAGCCAUUGAAGAUGAAGAUAAUUAUCCCCACAAAUUUUUAUUUAAUGGAUAUAAUGAUAAUUGGGGAACUUAUAAAUCAUUUAUGAUGGCGAUGAAAUUCUCUCUUAUUUUCUUGGUGGUUGUCGUUUCCAAAGAUAACUGUCUAUUUAGAUCCUCAACAACGCGACUUCAAAUUUCCACCAUCGCUCAAGUAAUACAAAUCUUAUUCUUCGUGUUACUAUUCAUUUCACAUUGGAAGGGUGAACCAUUCCUCUAUUCAAAUUUUAAUACCGCAGAAUAUUGGGCUAGAUUUGCGUAUCUGAUGACAAGCGUUAUCGGUCUUCUCAUGAUAUUGAACAUAGGACCUGUAGAUGGAUUAGGCAUUGGAUUAAUUAUAAUUAAUGUUACAAUUGUGACAAUCAUUACUUGUUAUUUAAUGAAAAGGAUUAAUGAUUUUAGUUUGAGAUAUAUGGGAGGUGGUGGUGCAUAUGGUGUAAGUAGAAGUAUAGGAGGAAAUAGAGGAAGCCUUGGAAAAAAGAAAUUAGAAUUUUCAUUGAAUAUUUCUUCACCGGAUUUAGAUUUUGAUAGGUUGAUAAAAGAAAGGAUUUGGCAAGAUACUUGGACAAAAUUACUUUUAACUAAUGAGAAAUUCAAACCUCCGGCACUUUCUGCAGGAAAAUCAUUAUUAUUUAGUGAAGCGAGUUAUCGAGCACCAUAUUUAUUAAAUUUCUUUGGAAGCGUAGGAGAGAGGCAUAUUGAAAACUGUAAAAUAGUGUCGACAAUAGGUUUACAAAGUUAUGUCAAAGCCUUAGCACCUUUACCGUCGUCCAUGGUCAACCUAAAAUCAAAAAUUUUGAAUAAUUAUAUUGGAGUUGAUAUGUACUAUGCUGAGGAGUUUUUAGAUGUUAGUAAGAAGACAGGUUUUGGAAAAGCCUAUGUUGUACCUUUCCCAUUUUGUGUCGUAAUGUGUUAUGAUGAAGAUGACAAUAUUCUAGUAUUGAAGCAAGAAUGGGAACUUCAGAGAUACUUACAACAGAAUGAGAGCAAAGAAAUCCAACGAAGAAGGUUAGUUAGACAAAUGCUUAGAGCUUUGGAAGGAAAGAAUAUCAUUGGACCUUGUUAUGAAAACGUAGAUUAUUUGAAAGAAAAGGUUCAUUAUCAUCGAGGUAUUCUGUCAAUUCAAAGAAAGCAUGGAUCUCUUUGGAACGGUCAUGAUUUAAAUCCAGGAUUCAAAGUUACAAUUACAUAUUCAGAACCUGGACCCAAAGAAAGUAAAUGCCCUCAUAUAGUUACACAAGAAGUGAUUGGUAUAACCGAGGACUUUCAAAUGACAAAUCAACUUGAAAAAUUAUUCGGAGAUAAUUACAAAUUAGUUGAAAUGGGACUUGAUCAGAUUCAGACAACAAUGAAUGACUACCGACAAUAUUAUCGAGAUGAAUCCAGAUCAAAGGAAGAAUCAUUAACAUAUGGAUUCCAUAUUAAUAUAUUUAAUAAUCCUUCAAUACCUUUGGAAGCACUUCCGUCAGUGUUACUCACCACAGAAGAAAAUCAGCAUGUUCAAUCAAUACCUGAACACGAAUAUCCAACAAUAAUUUAUUUAUAUGAACGUAUGAGAAUAGUUCAUACAUCUCGAGUGCAUCAGUGGUGGUAUUUAUUCUGGGAAGAUUUAUGGAACAAGAACGGAGAACUAAUUCCAUCUUUACAGAAAUACGAACAAGAUUUUUCACCAUUAUAUCGAACGAGUAUAUGUUACCAACCAAUGAAACGAUUGGAUUUAGAAGAAUUCUUGGAGAAAAGAGGGUUAUGGAUAGGGAAUGGAAAACUCGGACUAUUUCAUUCAGGCUUAUUAAAUAGAAUUUAUUUAUAUUUAAAUAAGGUUGUUUAUGAGACAAAAGAUAAAGAUGGAACACGUAAAAAAUGGCGUAUUUCAAAAGAAAAGAAAAUACAAGAUGAUGAUGAUUCAUCAAAAGGAAGAGGUCAAAGAAAGACUAUUAUUGGUAAAGUUGGUAGCGUUUUUAUGGGAAUAAAUAGAAAUUCGCAAAAUACCAAAAGACCUUAUUACGUCAUGAAAGAAGAGGAAAAUGAUUCCGAUCUGGAGGAUAUUGAAAUUGAUAUUGAUGAUAACAUUAGUGACAGUGCAACGUUAUAA